AUGGUAAAGGGAAAGGAAUCGGAAUUACCGUGCUAUAUUAGCUCAGUAAAACCCAACGUGGGAUAUCUUGAGGCCGAUGCAGGUGCCGUGAAUUUUAUUAAAACUAUCCUAUCGGUUUACAAGGGUAUUCUGCUCCCAAGCUCAAUCCGCGCAUUCACUAGGAGCAGUCGAGCCUGGAAGUCGUGA